AUGUUCGAAUCACAGCCUAUUCGUGCGGCGACGGCCGAAUGUCGAAAGUCUCUUUCUACAUGUUUAGCUGUCCCACGGCUCAAGGAGGGAGGAUGGGCGGAGAAUCGACUCAUCGACUUCAACCUAUGGGCAGCUGGGGCUGGUGUUUCCGCCAAGGGAAAACUCUCCCUCGACCAGAGGCUCUCUACCAAGCCGGACGUACAAAGCACAUUAGUCAAUCUAUUAAAACUUUUACAAAUGUUUGUAGAAGAUUGUCGAGAUCUCGCAAAGGAUGUCGACAGUGCUCUUGAUAAGGUUACUGAUCAGAAGGCAGAGCCUGAGAGUAAUGUGGACUCGAUGGUGGAGAGGGUGGACGAAAACCUCCCCGUUGAGCUAUCACCUAAGGAAGCCGAAGCUCAACGAGAUGUGGAAGUUACUCUUGAUCAAAUCAUAAGACUCACUGUUGCAAUCCGUAAAGCGGGUUCGAGCUCACGCCUGAAACGGGCGGAUAAAAGUUUUGAUUUAGACAGCCCGAAAAUACAAGAGUUAAGGGGAUUUUUGGAGCUCAUAAUGCAUCCCAAGGGCCCCAAGGAAGAGGGACAAUUAAAUCCCAUUCAAUCACGAUUGGUUGAAGCUAAUCUACGUCGAUGGCAUAGAUUCUCUUACGCCAAACUUCAUUCAAAAAAACUAGCACGUUCAGAUACGGCUCCGAUGGAAGUAAUACCAGAGAACCCAAAUUCAACCUUAGAGUACAAACCCCAAGCUGGCUCAAAGCCAGCGGUUUCUUUUGACAUUCCGGAAACGAAUAUGGCCUUACAAGUUUCGAUUGUUGUCCCAGAGGAUCAGACCCUUCGAGCUCUAUCUGUUAUAGCACCAACAGCCACCACGGCUGCAUCUGCUAUCGAAGAUAUUAUUAUCAUACCUGAUAAACCGAUAGCACGAACCCCCGCAACCGUAAUAUCGAGGAUUAGCUCGAGAAUUACCUAUCCCCGACCACCAAAUGUAUCUCGGUAUCAUACGGUUUUCAAAUGCCCGUGCUGCCUGCAAUCACUCCCUGUAGCAUAUACUGAACGUAGCCAGUGGAAGAAGCACCUCGCGGGUGAUAUUUUACCAUACACUUGUAUUUUCCAGGACUGCCAUCAACCUCUACAACUUUAUUUGACGCGGAAAGACUGGGAGCAACAUAUCAAAACGGAACACGGCCAGAUAUGGAUUUGUGCCGUCUGCGAGCAACUGGGUGUAACAACUGAGUUCUCAAAUGAGGAGGAGCUAGUGGACCAUCUCGGAACCUCCCACAAAGACUCAGUUGAUAGCGACGAGGUCCAAAUGUUCGUUACUGCAUCUUCAUCUUCAAAGCCAGUCGAAGCGGUCGACUGCCCCCUGUGCACCGGUCCUGAUGAAGGUGAAGAUUCACUGGAGCAUAUCGCACAUUGCGUUCACGACUUUUCGUUGAAUUCUCUACCUUUACCAUCAGAUAGUGAUGCUGAGGGGGAUUACUUUGAUAUUGAUUCCAGGAAUAGCGAGUCACAGAAUACUCCUUCAUCUGCUUCGGCUGAGGAGCGGGAUUUCGAAGGCUUGGCCGAGAUAGCCGAUGACGCUUCAAGUGUGGAUGAUGAGCACAAGGUGUCAGAGUCCUCAUUAAAAACUCUCACCCGUGACUUUUCUGGACCUACAGGCAUAUCUAUUCUCGACUGGAAGGUAGAUGAGGCAACUGAAGAUCCUCAAGCUGCCACGUCCGUCGACGUAACCGGCGAAGAUCCUGAGGAAACUACAGCAGACCAGUUCCCUGUACCCAAACCUGACCGACCAGAUGAAGCGAGUUUAUAUGGCCCAAUGGAGCGUGCUCGCUAUCAGGUAGCGUGGUUAUGCCCAACCAAAAUGGACGCGGUGAUAGCAGAAGCCCUACUUGAUCAGAUAGACCUUAUCCCGAUGACAUCUCAGGCCUCAGGUAGUAUGUUUGAGUACCGGUUAGGCCGAAUAGAGCCUCAUAGAGUUGUAAUAGCUUGGCCGUCGGAAUCCGAUCGUUACCGUGGGCCAGAUUGGUGUCUUGCAGAGGAGAUAAAAAAAGUAUUUCGCUCGCUGGCAAUAUUCUUGCAUGUGAGUACGGGUGCGGGUGUACCAUCUCUCACAUACCUCUCAGAUGUCGUGGUUAGUGGUGUGGACGGAUUAGCCCACUACAAAAUCAGCAAGUCCGGCACUUUUAAUGGUCGUACAAUUCGCCCCAGGGCGGCUCCUGAUUUAAUACUGGCCACCAUUAAGGACAUUGGGCACGAGUUUACACCGAUACCUGAUCCUGGACACAUCAGCGAAAAUCGGGAUAUAAUUCUCAAUUAUCGACAUACAAGCUACACGGACUUGACAGACGUCAACUUCGCAUCAGAGGUAAAUCAUAUGGAUUAUGUGCCUAUAGGUGCCAGUGAGGAGGAACAAACAUGUGGGCGCUGUUAUCAUGUUUCUCAGGAAAAGAAGCUCAGAAGGAGGCCUGGGUACUCCGCGCCAAAAGUUUAUCACGAUGGUAUCGCAUGUGUCGAGAAUCUCUCCACCAAAGGGACGUUCCCUCUGUUCGCUCCUGGUACCAAUGUCCGCUGCGUAGAUAUGGAAGGGGAUCUCUCGACGUAUACAAAGAUCGAUAAUAUUGUCGUUAUCCGGGGCGUUAGUAGUUAUACGGAUACGCAUAAAGAUAUAAGAUGGAAGAGAAUUGCGGCAGGCACAGCCGCAGCCUACGCUAAACAAUUCAUUCGAGUUCUGGAUCCCAGGGGUUUAGACGUGCCAUCAGACGAGGGUGGCCUCAUAGAUGGUUCUGAAGAUGGAAGCGAAGGUAUGGGUUUUUACGAUUUUGAGGCCUGGUCUCAUUCAGAACCUGAAGCGUCUGCAGCCGAAGAUAAUCCAGUUCCUGAGGGUGCCAAACCUGAGAGAAAUACUACGAAGUUUGCGCCAUCUAUCACCCAUAGUGAUACGGCUUCAAUGGUAAAUUUAUUUUCAAACGAUAACGACACGGUGCAAGGCGGCCCCAAAGCCAAAUGUCUAUUCUGUGAAUUACUUUGCCCCUAUGAAACCACAAUGCGCCAGGAUUGGGUUGAACAUAUCAAAGAACAUUUGGUUCUGCCAGGUAUAAUGUCUUCUGAUUUAGGGCUACCAGUUUGGGCGCACCCGCAACCAUUGUCCUGGGCUUGCGGGUUUGAGGGGUGCGAAGAGUCUCAGAACCUCCCGGAUGAAACCGAGAUGGAGAGGUUAGAUAUAGAACGAGGUGGCAACCCACCGUCGGACAAGCAGCUCAGGCCCCUCGACGCAUAUCGACUUCAGAACUCCCUCGAAACGGAAGCGACGCUAGAUUCGAAACUCGAUCAUAUCUUCAGCCAUUUAGUCACCGACAGAUGGAAUCUUGAAGAAUACCACGAAAGGGAGGAUUGGACAGAAUUCUUCCAAUCUAUACCGGUCAAACUUCUUGUUCCUGAGGUCGAGUCGGCAAGCUUGGAACAAGAAAACACCUUAGACGCUACGCCUAAAAAAGUAGAAGGUGAUGGCCAUGCAGAAGAGGGAGAAAAGAGAAAGCAAGAAAAUUCUUUCGAUGUCGACUUCGGAAAAGUCCAUCGCAAAUAUAUUCAAGAUCGCGUGGAUAGAACCUCAUUAUGGUUUACGAAGCUACCGGGGUUCCAAAAAUGGCGAGACACCCCUGGCCUAACUCUCCUCUAUGAAGAUAGUCCAGGGUCGGGCAAGAGCACCAUCAUGGCCACGAUUUACGAGACACUUCGAAAACAAUACGGUGAAAAUGCCGACGUUGUCAUAGUGUACUGUGGAGAAGCCCUCCCCGGGGGUGCACGAUGGACAACCCGCAAUUUCAUGCAGUGUAUUCGCAGGCAGCUCCACCCAGAUUCAAACUUCAUCCAAUAUCUAUCAGGGGCAGAAGAAGGUCCUCAGGAUGCUCUAGCUGGGGAACCUAGAGCUGUCAGUAAAUUUUUAUCCCACACAUUCGACACUUCCCGGAGAAAUUUCAUUUUAGUCGAUGGCCUCGAAAAUCUUGGGACCCGCGAAGCGCUAGAAUUGAAAUUUUCAAUAUGGGGCCGUAGUGGCGUUAACCUUCUUUGUACUGCGAGACCAGAGAUGACACAGACAGCAGAGCUAAUGGGCCCAUGUAUCACCAGCAGAGAGAGCACCGACCCACUUAAUCGAGAUAUUCGAAGUUUCUUGCGACAUAAGUUUGCAGAAUAUCCAGGAAUACUAUCCCAAGAUGGUAAGGUUCUAAGGGAUUAUAUUGCUGAAGUGGAAGAUAUAGCAUGUGGGGUGUUUAAAAUCGCAAGUUUAUUUGUUGAACACCUUAUGGGGUGGAGUUUAGAGACUAUGGAAGAUCUCAAGCAGGCAAAGAAAUGGGCACAAGAAAGCAGCUUCUAUCUGGAAUUCUAUAACGAUUUUAAGCGCAGAAUCAUCCUAGAUCCCCGCGAAGAUGCCCAGAAGUAUGCUCUAAAGGCUAUUACGCUCAUAGGUCUGAGUGUAAGCGGACGUGACCCCUUCACACCGGCAGGACUCUUAGAUGCGCUCCUAGCUCAUGUCUACGAGAUGUUUGAAGGGAUUUCGCCCAGCUUAAUAUCAAUUGAUAACCUAGUCGCGUAUUGCCAGGGGUUAGUUAUAUAUGACAGCCGUCGAAGGACUUUUCAGCUAUUCCACCCUACAGCAUACCAAUACUUCAAGUUUAUUGGAUGGGAAUGGUAUCCUGGUGGCCAGGAUUCCGCUCUGGAGGCGACAAUUGAAUAUUUAUCAAAAAGUGUUUUCAAGACGGGUCCUUGCCCUAGCAAGUUGAAGUACGAGGAGAGGUUGGUAGCCCAUACUUACUUUUCUUAUGCAUCGAAAGAAUGGACUUCUUUCCCUCUGGGCCGGUUUGGUGGGGUCGAAGCCCCAGGGUUCACGGUUGGGGUUCUUAGGAAGACUUUGGAUUUCCUCAAGGACGAUAAUCUGGUAGCAGCCGUCAAUCAAGUCCGAAAAGUGGAGAGAGAGAAUCCACCCAAUUAUGAAAUCUCGGAGCCAAUCAAAGGAAUACACCUCGCAGCAGCCUUUGGCUGGAGCUGGUUUAUUGAUGGCUUAACCGAAUUUCAGGAUAUUAAUGCACGAGACUACAAUGGCUAUACACCGCUAGCUCACGCCAUCGAUGCCUCACGUUUUAACGUCGUGGGUCUUCUCCAAGAAAAGGGGGCAAGUUUUUCCGACAUCAAGCAUCAUGGCUCGACUGCCUUGAUUGAGGCAAUCCUGGGCGGAAGUUUAGACACGAUUAAAAGUAUUAUUGACCUCGGAGAGGAUCCAGACGCUCCCGGGAUUCCAUCCGGAUCAGAAACAUCAUUCCUGCCGAUUAAUCUAGCAAUUCUCAGACAGCAAAAGUCGGUCAUUGAGAUACUUCUUCCAUAUAACUUGGACAUGAGCCUACGGGAUGGGAAGAUGAGAACCCCAUUAAUAUGCGCGGUAAUGGUGGGCGAUAUAGGUUCUGCAGCCGAUAUAAUUAGGUAUGGUCAAAAUGUUGACCUCGAAGCAAGAGGAGGACCAAAAAGAUUUACAGCGCUUGGUUAUGCCGUAGCCACAGAACAACUGGCUAUGAUACGUCUGCUCGUCAUAAGCGGUGCCAGUUUACAGGCCAAAUUUGAAGACGAGGGGACUAUUAUGGAUCUCGCGUGGAGAUACUGCAACUUCAACAUAAUCAGUUACUUGGGGGAACAGGAUUCAGUCAAGAAUCUUAAAUUUGAAGCUGAGACGAUUGAGAGUGUUCCACCCCUGAGCAUGUACAGCCUAGUCGAGGAUUUCCCUCGGGCCGCCCAGGAAGCGGAUGGUCAUGAGUUAGGUCGGGGUUUCAACAUCAAUGAUAUCAAGGAUAUCGAGGAUCCGGGUGACCGUGAGGGUAGGUCCUCUGUGGUGGUAACCGACAGAUGGAUACAACCCGCUAGCGGGCCCGAGGGGCCCCGAAUAGAAAGAAUUUCGUAG